AUGUAUCGGCGAAUGUUCGCCUUCAAAUUCCUUCCUCCGGGCCGAGGGCUUUGGGCGAUGGGCUCCAAGCUGACUACGGAAAGGCGCCUAUACGCGGCUCUCAACAACUGCGCAUUUGUCAGCACCAGAGAUGCUCUUCGCUGCCGCCACACACCCGCAGACCUAGCGUCGGACCCGACUGCUCCUUUUUGCUUCCUGAUGGACGCGUCUAUGCUCGGGGUCGGGGUCGGGUUCGAUACGAAAGGGGCGGGAACGAUCGACGUCGUGGCACCCGGGAGCGCUGAAGGUCGAGAGGUGGGGGCGCAGGCCGGGCCGAGCGAGUUAAAGAUAGUGGUGGAUGACUCUCGGGAGGGAUGGCGAGAUGCUUUCAAACUCCUCCUGGAGGCGUAUUUCUUUGGCCAUCAAGUACCCGUGUUGGACGUGUCAAACUUGAGGCCUGUCGGGGCACCCAUCCGGGGGUUCGGAGGUGUUUCACAAGGAAGUGCUCCAUUGGUCGAGCUAAUGGCCAGUGUGAAGGCCACGCUGGAUCCGUUGAUUGGGAAACCCUUGUCGGUGACGGCUAUCGUCGAUCUCAUGAACAAGGUGGGAGUAUGCGUUGUGGCCGGCAACGUCCGACGAACGGCCGAAAUCGCGUUCGGUGAUCCAGGAAGCGAUGAGUACAUCGACCUCAAAAACUACGACAAGAACCCAGACCGGGCGAGUUUCGGGUGGGCUUCAAACAAUUCCGUGCUAGCGCCGCUGGGCAUGGACUACACCAAGGUACACAACGGUACUCAACUGUCUCGUUUGUUUUACAGUUCCUUUUCUAUUUCGAACGGCUGUAACCGUGGUGUUGCGCGUGUCCUGAUGGAUGUUUCGAACGCUAAGGUGUGCGAGCGCAUCCAGAAGAAUGGAGAACCUGGCUUCGCAUGGCUGGAGAACAUGCGAGCAUACGGUCGCAUGGGGGACGAGAAGAACGACCGCGACUCCAAGGCCAUGGGUGGAAACCCCUGCCUGGAGCAGACGCUGGAGAGUUUCGAGAUGUGCUGCCUCGUAGAAACGUUCCCCGACAAGCACGAAUCCCUUGAAGACUUUCUCACGACUCUAAGGUUCGCCAUGCUGUACGCCAAGACAGUGACGUUGGGGGGGACUCAUUGGGACAAGACAAACGAAAUUUUGUUUCGGAACCGCAGGAUUGGGUGCAGGCUGCGAGGUUCCCCACUAGACCACAGGGGCGACAUGUCUCGGACCGGCAUGCACUACCCGGAGUCCAGGUUCUACAUAAGGCGCGUGCGAAUGGCUUCGGAUGCGGAUGUGCUGGGGCCAUUACGAGAAGCGGGUUACAGGCUAGAGCCCGCAGCUGAAAACCCUGAAGGCACGAUGGUCGUGGAAGUCCCUGUGGACGCUGGGGAAGCUGUGCGCACCGCACAAGACCUAAGCAUGUGGGAGCAGCUCAGCUUCGCUGCCUUCCUCCAACGGUACUGGGCCGACAAUCAGGCAAGCUUUCUAUGUUUCGGUGCCCUUACCUUGCGCACCUGGAUAUUCACAUCGCAUGCUUCAACCCUGUGUAUUCAGCGGUAUACCCCUUUUGUUUUCGUCCAGGUGAGCUGCACGAUUACCUUCGAUCCUGACACAGAAGGCAAGCACCUGGCUCACGCGUUGGACUACUUUCAGUAUCAGCUGAAAGGUGUGUCCUUUCUUCCCAGGACGGACUACGGCGCUUUCCCACAGAUGCCGUAUGAGGCGAUCUCGGAGGACGAGUACAAGAGCCAGAUCUCCAAGUUGCGACCUUUAGAUUUUUCGCGACGACGUGGGCAAACUCGAGGAGAGGGCGAUGGUGCACGGGUGGAGGAAGUCCCGGACAGAUAUUGCGAAUCAGACUCUUGUACAAACCGGGCCGGUUUCAGAGUUUGA